ACGUAUCAAUGAGGACAGGAUAGCUGGGAUCAGAACCAGCCUGGGGUUACUCCCUGAGAGACUUGAUGAAAGAACAAGAUAAAGGAUGAGAAAAACAAUUUAAGGAAACAAGCACUCGUCAAGCAACAAUUGAUUACAGCAGAACGGUCCAAAACUCAUUGGUGCCAAUGAAGGAAAAUCACUAUGUAAACAGGGUGUCUUGCCAUGAAACGUUGGGUUUGUCCUGCCGAGACUUCCCCGGAGCAUCAUGUCGCAACCGACAGAACCCGGCACUUCCCUGCCCGUGAUCGACCUAGCUGGCCUCUGGACUGGUAACUAGUGUGUGUGUGUGUGUGUGUGUGUGUGUGUGUGUUUGCUUAUUGUUGUAUCUCCAAUAAAUGCGGCGUAUCGUCUUUUCCCCUGAGAAAGAUCCCGUGUGCUGCUUAUAAGCAUAACACCAAUACCUCAGUUUACAGGGCACCUUCUACACACCUCGUGGCUGUGCAGUCAGACAGUGCACACCGCGGCCAGCCAAGGAGGCAGCCUGCAUCUCUCUCGUGUGGCACCUGACGGGUUCCUCCCAUUGGUGAGGAGAGGCCUGUGAGGGAGGAGAGGUGACAUUAAGGGGGCAGAGUUAAGGUGGCAUCUGCUGCUCUUGCAACAACGCCGUUUGGCUGCAGAGUUCACCAACACCGUGAGCGCUUGGGCAAAGGUGGUAAAGUCCCCCAGGCUCUGAGCGAGGGCUCGGAGAUAGCAGAUAAGGCUGGGGGAAGCAUUUGGAAGUUACCGGAAAUUGUUCAAAGCCCUAGACGUCACCUGAGGCUAGGGAAUAAAAGAGACUCUGCCUCUACCCCAAGCUACUUUAGAGAGACGGCUUCCCAGCUGAAGAGAGAUGGCUUUUCAGAGAGGGAAAUGCACACUGGUUUCCAGUCCCAAAUCUUAGAAACCUCAUGUGAUUAACCUCAAAAUAUUCACCCACCCCACCCCUCCGGCUAAGGAUCAUGCGUGUGGCACUCCAGAGAAGAAUGAUUGUGGGGGAGGAGGGCCACAAAAAUCUGGCUUGGAAUGGAAAGCAAGUUACAACUUUAACUGUGGAAUUGCGAGUGUGUAUGUGUGUGUGUGUGUGUGUGUCUCUUUCAGAUGCCUGUGGGGGAGGGAAUGAGAGUGGUGUGGAAUUGGGUUUAAAUGCUCCCUUGAAUUGGCCCCAGAGUUCCCUUCCAGGAUUGCUCCAAAUACAGACACCAGAUGGCCCGAGAAGUGGGGGCGGCUUUCGCAGAAUAUGUUGGGGAUCACGAUCUGCCGACUGUCACCCAAACUCGCAGAUAUGAGGCUGGCUCAUGCCAGGAAACAUGCACUGUUCAUUUCAGCUCCUGGCAUCGGUGAUAUCCAGGGGAACUGGAACAGUGUGUGUGUGGGGGGGGGGGGGGGAGUGAGAGCCACUGAACCAAACUGUAAACCCUGCAUGUGAUGGAGACCACAUCACGCCGGGGGGUGCGGCAGCUCCCCCAGUUCCAGUACCUAUGGCGGUGUCUCGUGUGUGCCUGCCCCUGCCUCACCCCUCUGAUCACGUCCCUCUCCCGGGCGCAGACUUUCUAGCUCCCAGCGGAGGGUUCCAACAGCCAGGGGGCACUUCCGGGUGCGCUUUAUUCAGAAAAGAGGAUUUUAGGAGGUGAAGUGAGCUUGACAACCAACCCAUCGGAGUCAUGUCUAGACGGUCUUGUCUACAGGGAGUGAGGGGAAAAGCCACUUAGCUUAGAUCUACUGAAUCCGCUGCAUGGCUCCCCAGGGUUUUUAUUUUAAUAUCCCUUGGAGGUCCCCAUUGAACCCAGGUCUCCCGUGUGCUGGGCGCUGCAUGGACACAUGGCGAGACAGUCCCUGCCCCAAGGAGCUUACAGGCUAAAUAGACAAGACAAAGAGUGGGAGGGGAAACUGAGGCAUGGAGCAGUGAAAUGAUGUGACCAAGCAUUCAAUUCCCUGCUCUGUAGGACUUCAGGCAAAUCACUUCGGCCCUGACCCUCAAAGGUAUUUAGGUUCCUAACUCCCUUUGGAAUCCCUUUGUGGCUCUGCCCUUAGCUUCCCUGGGCCUCAGCUCCCCGUCUGUAUAGUGGGGAUAACAGCCCUGCCCUGCCGCAUGGGUGUGUGUGUGAUAUCCAGUUAAGGUUGUGGGGGCUCAGAUGCUCCGGUGCUGGGGGGCUGCUAAGGACCUACAGAAUGGUCCUAAUUGUACGGAUGGGCCCAGGGAGAUUAAGUCUCACAGGAAAUUGAGCACUUACCACUAGGCCAUCUUCCCUCUCCUUGGACUAGGGGGUUUGAGUCCCCCUCUUGUUCCUUCAGCUUGGCUGUGGGGGGAAGGGGGUGCUCCACCCAGGGGGGAUGAGGCAGAGCAGAGGAGUGGGGAGGCAGGUCAAACAGGCCAGUUUGAGGGGAUGGGGAAAGCCCCAGAAUGACCUUGCUGGGGAGUUUUUGCUCUGACGUCUGCCCCUCAGCCCCACCUCUGUACUCUGGGGUCACAGCCGCAGCCCCUUGGCGUGCAGCACUGUGCUAGGAUCCACAGAGACAGACGCACCCUAUGGAAACUGCACGGGCAAUAACGCCCCCUGUCCCUCCACCCUCCGCGCCAGCCCUCCACUCCCCACAGCAGCUGGCAGGAGCGAAUCAGUGCAGGCCCAGGGCCUCUAUCUAAGAGAGAAACAUGAGCAUCUUUCUCUGCGUGUCUCCACCAGCCUGGAGAUCUCCGCCGUCCUGUAUCGGAGACGGGCUGGGGCCUGUCACAGCAUGGAGAGCGGAGAAUGGAGGCCGAGACCUUCAUUCUGUCCUGGUUUUCUGGGACCAUGAUGAGAGGCAGACAAGGCAGAUCCCUCGACCCAAGAGUCUUUGCUGGGAGUUGGAGCCAAGCUCAAGCCAACCUCUCUGUAAAGGUUAGGAGCACUCAAAUCAGUGGCCACCAUCAAGUAGGUCUUUGAUCUAAAGACCAUCACAAGCCUGGUUAAAGCCGACUUGUGCACUAACUACCCUUCUCUCAGACAAAAUAGGAGGAGCAAUUAAAUGCCCUGUUAUGGAGUGAUAGUUAGAAGUAAUAGGAGGCUACUGUCCAAGGCACUGGUCUGCGUGACAAAGCCUGAGCAGGGUUAAGCCAUGUGAUCUGAGGGGCUUCCCUGAGCCUGGUAAGAACGCAGUUGCUGGGGUAUUGCUUGGCAAGCUGUUUGCGCGAGUAAGGUGAGAAAUCCGGCGGACAGUAAGGGAAGCAGUCCUGAGUGUGGCCUGGAGAAGGAGCAGAGAGACACCGCUCCUUGAGCACAGAACUGAUUGAGGGCUCAGACUUGGGGCUUUCCGAGCAAAGGUCCUGCCUGUGUCCAAGGGAGCAGGACUGUGUAAAUAAACAGGAUUUCACCAAAGCAAUACCUGACCCCUAUCGUCCAUUUCUCCUGCUAACAGCAACAGCAAGGGCCUGGAUGUUCGCUACCGUCCCCAGACUCCUGUUUUCUCAGACCCCUCUGUCCUGCCAGGUUGUGGCCAGCGCUGGUCGUAGCAGCCCUCUGGGCCCCCAUUCCUCAAGAAAGACUCUUGGAGGAGGAUUUCCAGCCCACGGAGCACACUGGAGAGAUUUGGACGAGACACGUGGGGCCAGGCUGGCUUUGUAGUGAGACAGGGAGCCGGGGGCUCCUGGUUCUGUUCCCAGCUCUGCCACUGACUGGCUGUCUGAACGUGGGCGAGCCACUUCCCCUCUCCGUGCCUCAGUUACCCCCUCUGUGAAAAGGGGCUGAUGCUCUGUGCUUCCCAGGGGGGCGGGCGGCUCUGGCCAAUCGUGUGUAAAGGGCUUUCUCUGAGCACUGGCGGGGCUGAUCCGUGGGCAGCAGGAUCCGAACUGAACCCACGCUCAGGAUCCGCCACACUCCGGAUCCAUCCCGCCCCAUUACUCUGUCCCUCCCUAGUCAGGCCUGGCUCUGCAGCGCUUUCCCUUGCAGCCACGCUUCCUCUGCCCCCAGUCUCAAUAGAGGGGAAGCUGGACUGGCACAGGGCCACCCUCCUCCAGCCUUGGUGGCCUCUGCCAGGCUGGGACGCUCCAGAGAUGAAUUUGGAUCCUGCCCAUGUGCUGGCACCUGCCUGCCAGCUUGGCCCACCCACCACUCCUGCGGAUCCUUCCCAGGUGUUGGGGCACCCCAGGGAUCAUUCCCAGGGGGAGGACUGGGCGUGCAUCACAGGUGCUUUGCCCGCUGCGUGGCAUUGGUGGGGAACAGAGUAGCAGGAGGUGGCAGCUCGGGGGGUAGGUUGUUCACUGGUCCCGUAUCCAAGGGGCUCGGCAGCUAGGGAAGCAGCAGCGAGGAAUACGGGCGACAGAUCUGUCGGGUGUUGGACAGAGACGCAGGAUGUGUCCCCAAUUAGCCAGCUGUGUGCGAUCCCACCGAGGCCUGCAGCCCUGGAGAUGCGAUGUGCGCGGGAACAGCUGGCCCAGAGCUGCCGUGGCUUUGACUGGGACCUUUGUGAUCACAGUGAUCAAAAUCAGAGCCCUGCCCCUCGCCUUGGGAUGAUGGAGCCCAGACACUGCCGAUGCACCCAACCUGCAGCCACCCCCAGUGCCGUGCCAGUCCUGACCCCCCCCACACACCCCACCCCUGCUCUUCCAGUCCUGGACCCCUUGCCAGCUGUGCCAAUGCACCUGAAUCACAACCCAGAGCUCCACCAGCUGGUCCAGCCCGGGAUCCCCACGCACAGCUCUGCCGAUGCCCCUCAAUCUCGGCCUACUCCCGAGGCCAAGCAAGACCAUGUGGAGGAGCCUUUUAUCCAGACACUGCGGGGUGCAGCCCGAGCGGGGCCACCUCAUUCUUCAGUUGGGCCCAAAGCCAGCUUAACCUGGCCACCAAACUGAGAUCGUCAGCCUGGGUCGCUGCAGAUCUCUGCGUCUCCCGGCCGUGUGCCUUCCAUUGCCUCCCCGUCACGUGGGCACGUCAGCUCCUUUGCUGUCGAGCAGAGCCCGGGCCGGGUGCAAAGCCUCGUGCGUGGUGCCAGGGCCCAGAAGCGAACCCUGGUUCAUGUCUUCUCCUCAAGGUGCCGGGGAGCGUCGGCACAGGGGACCGAGAGCGCGGGAAGGGGAAUAGAUUCAUUCAUCCACUGGUGGGAGGCUAAAAUUCCUCUGCUUCUCCCUCCCUGGGUUUAGAAGCGGCUGCUUCUGCUGUUGGUUUCAGAGGCUUCUCUCUCUCUCUCUCUCUGUGUUUUUCAUGGAGGCGUCUUUAAUAUUUAAUGUCUCUUUCCACUGGGGACUAGGACUUUGCGCAGACUUGAGAGGCCAGAGAUGCUCGCAAGAACUGUAACUGACGUCAUUCCACUAAUAGCAUCCUCUGCAGAGCGCCCCAUUCCACGCUGCCGUCUGACCGGGCUGGGCCCAAGCCUUGUAAGGGCCUGAGGAUUACGGCUGCUGAGCCCCAAGGCGCAUGGACCGGGAUUCCCAUGGAGGCUGCGUUUCUAAAACACCCGGCUCACAGACGGCAGCUCUGACCUGCCGCAGGAGAGCCUGGAAGCGCCAGUGACGUGGCUACGGCCGAAACCGAAACCGACGCGUCUCUUUUCCUUGCACAAAAUGGCCAAAACCGUCAAGAAAGGGCAGAAACGCAGCAAAGUGAACUGGGGGGUUAAAAUUCAUUCCCUUGCUGCGGGGGGGGGGGGGAGUUUUAUUUUUGGCUUCCCCUGGGCUUGUAGCUUAGUGGCUCUUCCGGCUAGUAACCAGCCCCCGGCUAGAGCGUAGCCGUGCAGUUAGAGCACUGGCCUGGGAAUCAGGAGGUCAGAGUUCAAUUCCUGCCAUGAAUGUGGGUGCCUGCUCUGUGCCUUGGUUUCCCCAUCUGUGAAGCGGGGAGGAUUCUGCCUCCCGGGGAGAGGGAUUGUGCGGCUUGAUUCAUCAAGUGUGUGCAGCGCUUUGGGAUCCUGUGCGGACAGGGGGGAUGACGCUGUUCCAAGCUGGUGCUGUUGUGGCACCAGGGAGUUGAGUGCAGCUCUAACCACUAGGUGCUGCUGCCUCCCACACGUAGAAGGGGGACAAGCCCUUAAUCCUUUGGCUGUGUAAUUCUCUUACAUCAGCCCUUCCCGCCCUGCCGUGCAAUUCACUGCCAUUGACCCGCUGUGUCAUGUGGGGCCCAGAGACACCUCAGCCCCACACCGGAGCGGGUCUGCAUCCGCUGCUCUCUGCCUGGCAUAGAAAAGCUGCAUCCAUCUCCCCUCUCUCCUGCACACAUCUCCCAGGACUCCAGUCUCCUCCUCCAGCAGCAGCGCCUACAUCCUGCACUGAUUGGAGCUCUAUAAUUACCAGCUACCGCCAGGCUGCUGCUGGACCCAGUUCCCCUGGCAGCUCCGUCGCGGGGGCGUGCACAGAGGGCGGGGGGGGAUCCCAUCGCAGCUGCUGGUUCACUAGGAAUUACGAUGCUGCCAUCACCUCUCACCCACCUCCAGGCGCAGGGAUGCUUUGAACAGGGGCUCCUGGAGUAGAGUCCGCACAGCCCCCCCACGCUACUCAGUGCAACCCUGGGGCUGGAGCCCAGGCCCCCGAUGGCUCCCCUUUAGGGGUAGCAAUCGCUGCUGAGUCCUAUCGCUCUGGUCCCCCGGGGGGGCCAUGGCAGCAGGGUCCUGAGGGUGGCAUCGCAGACUCAGCACCAUGUUCCGGAAGAAGGGGUCGGAGGGAGGCGCUCAGGACACCAGCCUGCUCAUCGCCCUGGACAAGAGCCGCUCCCACCUGUCCAGCGGCUCCUCCGGCACCGUCUACAACGGGGUGCCCUACGCCGGCUUCGAUGAAGAGGAAGAAGACGAUCCCAUCGACGUGCACAGUGACGAAGGCUACAGCCCCAACCUCAGGGGCAACUACUUCCGAGAUGGGCAAACCAAGAUCGACUUCGUGCUGGUCUGGGAGGAGAAGAGGCGCCCCCCGAAGAAGAGGAGGGGGAAGUUGGCUUCCCACGAGGGCAGCAGGGAGGCAGCCCCUGAGGCCAGAGACGACCGGCCACGCGGGCACCACGAGCAUUGGAAGAGGAAGUUCCUCAACAACCUGAGAAAUGCCGGGCUGCUGAUGGAGAAGGAGGAGACGCUGAGCGAGCGGAAGACCAUCCACUACCUGAAGCUGAGCGCCCCGUGGGACGUGCUGGUGUACUACGCCGAGGAGCUGUGCAUGCGAGCACCCCUGCAGGCCCAGCCCAACCCGGACCGGAACAGCUCCGCCGAGGUCCUGCGGAGGCUCUGCAUCCCCAACGCCCUGCAGCAGCACGUCCCCAACAAGCCGGCCGACUAUUACACCUGCGCCUUCCGCAGGUCCAAGCUGGACAAGUUCCUGGGCAGCGACUCCCGGGACUCCUACUUCAGCAACACCCAGAGACAUCGCAUCGUCUAUGAGAUCCUGGCUCGCACCGUCUAUGGGAAGCGGAAACGCGCCGAGAUCGGGAUCAAUCGGCUGCUGAACGAGCGGGUGUACACCGCUGCCUUCCCGCUGCACGAGGGCCCCUUCGAGACGCCUGAGUCUGAGGUCCCCGAUGAAGCCCUGAACCCUCGCCAAGUCCUCUACCGCUUCUGGGCCCAGUGGGGCUGCUGGUACCGGUACCAGCCACUGGAUCACAUCCGCCAGUACUUCGGGGAGAAGAUUGCCAUCUACUUCGCCUGGCUGGGCUUCUACACAGCCUGGCUGCUCCCUGCUGCGGCCGUGGGCACCGUGGUCUUCCUCGCAGGCCUGGUUGCCAUGGGAACCAACACGCCAGCGCAGGAGAUCUGUGAGAGCGGAGGCCAGUUCCUCAUGUGUCCGCUCUGCGACACGUGUGAGACCUGGAACAUCUCGGAGAUCUGCCCCAUGGCUAAGGUCGGGUACCUGUUUGAUCACCCCGGGACCGUUUUCUUCAGCGUCUUCAUGUCCUUCUGGGCCGUGACCUUCCUGGAGUACUGGAAGAGGAAAAGCGCCACGCUGGCUCACCACUGGGACUGUAUGGACUUCCAAGAGGAGGAGGAGCGGCCCAGGCCCGAGUUCGCUGCCAUGGCCCCACGGAUGGAGCAGAACCCCAUCACGGGGCUGAAGGAGCCGUACUUCCCCAAGCGGGACCGCCUCUCUCGCAUCCUGACGGGCUCCAUGGCCAUUGUCAUCAUGCUGGGCGUGGUGAUGAUCUUCCUGGUCUCCGUGAUCAUGUACCGGGGCAUCGUCAGCGUGGUGAUGUAUCACACGGGCAACGCCAUUCUCAUGACCCAGGCUGGGAACAUAGCGAACAUCAGCAGCAGCCUGGUGAACCUGGCACUGAUCCUCCUUAUGAGCCAGGUCUACACCUCCCUGGCGGAGAAGCUCACCAGGUGGGAGAUGCACCGGACCCAGACCCUGCACGAGGACGCCUUCACCUUCAAAGUCUUCAUCUUCCAGUUUGUCAACUUCUACUCCUCCCCCUUCUACGUGGCCUUCUUCAAAGGCAGGUUUGUGGGGUACCCCGGGCAGUACGGUACGCUGCUCGGCCUGAGGAACGAGGAGUGCGGCCCCGGGGGGUGCCUGAUCGAACUGGCGCAGCAGCUGUUCAUCAUCAUGGUGGGGAAACAGAUCAUCAGCAACGUCCAGGAGUUCGUCAUCCCCAAGCUGAAGGCCUGGCGGCAGAAGCGCAAACUGGCCAGGGUGCGGGGCGCGCAGAUCAGCCAGGAGCCCCCGCGCUGGGAGGAGGACUACGAGCUGAUCGAGUGCGAGGGGCUCUUUGAAGAGUACCUGGAGAUGGUGCUGCAGUUCGGGUUCAUCACGAUCUUCGUGGCUGCCUUCCCGCUGGCCCCGCUCUUCGCCCUGCUCAAUAACUGGGUGGAGAUCCGCCUGGACGCCCAGAAGUUCGUGUGCGAGUACCGGCGCCCGGUGGCCUACCGCGCCCAGGGCAUCGGGGUCUGGUUCCUCAUCCUGGACGUCCUGGCUCAGAUCUCUGUCGUCGUCAACGCCUUCCUCAUCGCCUUCACCUCCGACUUCCUGCCCCGGCUCCUCUACCAGUACGAGCACGACAGCCAGCUGCAGGGCUACGUCAACUUCACCCUGGCCUACUCCCCCCCGCGCUACCUGGCCACCGGCAACCACACCCUGUGCAGGUACAAAGCCUUCCGGGAUGCCAAUGGGAACUACACCCUCUUCUACUGGAAGCUGCUGGCCGUCCGCCUGGGCUUCAUCAUCGCUUUUGAGCACGUCGUCUUUUUCUUCCUGCGCCUCAUCGACUGGCUGGUGCCUGACGUCCCGGGGUCGCUGGAGCUGAAGAUCAAGCGAGAGCGCUACUUAGCCAAGCAGGCGCUGGCCGAUAACCAGGAGGUGCUGCUGACGGUGAGUCGCGACUCAGCUUCGCCAGCAAGCAGCCUUUCAUCCAGCGGCAUGAGCCAGUGGCGCCGGCUGGGAGCAGCCCCCGGAGGCGUGGCAGAUGGGAAGGCAGAGCUGGCUGGGGCCGGGCCCCGUCCACACUCCAUCAGGUGACUUGCCACUGGCAGGGCGGGAAGGGGCCGAACCAGAGCUGUCCAGGGGGGCCAGGAAAGCGGCAACGCCCCACAGACGACCUUCGACCUCCAGCGUGCCAGGGCGAGGCUCGUCGGACCCGGAGCCGUGUGCCCGGCCUGGGUGUAGGUAAUGAGGCAGCUGGCGUGUGAGGAGUAUCCCGAGCCCGGAGGAGGAAGCUGUCGCUGGCUGUCGCUGCGCUCCUGGCUGAGUCAGCCCAGCGGGCCCCUCGCUCGCCCCCAGCCUGCGAACGCUUUGCUGCCUCCAAGACGGGCGGUGAUGGGUCCAAGGCAAUCGGCAAUGGGGGCCCCAUGCAUCCGGCUGACUCUGGCCCAUGCCGCGGGACCCUCCUAAUCGCUGUGAGUGGGGCUGGCUGUCAGCUUCAAGGUCACCCCGUUCAGAGGCGAGCGGCCCCGGGGCACAGAGCAGCAGCUGGAAGGGUGCACUGAGAAAUGCACUGCAAACGCGGCCACGCAAACGCCCCAGGGAGGAGCAGCGAGACCCCCCUGCUCUGCCCUGUUGUGCAUCCUCCCGCAUGCACACGGUUGGUCUGAGCCCCAGUGGGCCCAUCGCCCAAGGUGCUGGUGCAAUUUACGGCUCCUGUCACGGCCGCGCGGAGAUACCAGUGGGGACAGAGACCCUGUGCCGGCUUUUCCCUUCCUCUCGGAAUCAGUCUGUCAGCCCCAGCUCACAUCCCUUCUGAGCCAAGAUCGUCCAGAGCGAGCUGGGCUGGCCUCUCUGGGGGUCAUGGCUGCAAGGGGUGUGAGGCGGGCAGGAGAGGCAGGGGGCAACAAAUAGACGCCAGCAGCCAGUGCUACACCCAGGCCUCUGUGUCUGUCACGUCCUGUCCCCCUGUCAGAACCAGGCUGUCAAUUUCUCACACUUAGAAUGUUUGUGGAUUGACCCCACCCUGGCGAUAGUGAUGAGCUCAGGUCCUUCCCAAACUGGGCUACACAGACCUUUCCCUUUGCAUAGGGCAGGGGUCCCCAACGCGGUGCCCGCGGGCACCAUGGCAUCCAUGUGCGCCUACCUACUGGCUGCCGGAGAAGCAGCUGCCGAAAUGCCGCCGAGAAGCAGCAACAUCAAGAAGCGCUACCGCCGAAAUUUGGCAUUUUGGCAACGAUGCCUCUUGACGUUGCCGCUUCACGGCGGCAUUUCAGUGGCUGCUUGUCCGGCGGCCACGGUCCUCGGCGGCUAGUCAUCCGGCGCCCGCCCCGCGGAAAAGGUUGGGGACCACUGGCAUAGGGUACUGGCUCAGUUCACAACAGGGGACACAAUUAGUCAGACCCCCAAGGAGCACAUACCUUGUUAUAACUAACGAGCCCAAAGCUCCAUAAAGGCCAAAGGUUUUCAAGCCCUGAGGUAGCCCACUGACACGUAAUCACGCAGCGGCACUACGAGAUGAAUGAGAAACGGAGCAUCUCAGAAGCCCUGAAUCAGGAGCCCAAAGAACCUGAAAUAUGGUGACUUCAAUCAGAUGUUUUAGACCCAUCCUUUCCGUAACGACUGGGCUGCAUAUCCGUAUUCAGUCCCUUUCUGGGGCCAGCUAAGGUUUGUCCCUGUCCAUUAUCCGUGCCCGGUGUCCACAACCAAACUGCCACUCGUUAACAUUGAUCAUUUGCAUGGAUCAUUUCUUAACAAUCCCUAUACAUCCGUACAGCCGAACUAUCUAGGUACCGCCUGGUUACCAAGCUGCCAGACUCCGAGACGCCCUGAUUGCAAAAGGGGGCCUUGCAGAAACCAGAACUCACCACCUGGGGUUACGUUCUCAGGCUGGAAGCACAUGAGCUAAAAGCCCGGCUUUAGCAUGACUAAAAUCCAGCCUUUCCCACGGAGACAGGCAAAGCGUAAAGCCCCCAAUUAUUUGUGUUCGCCAACCAUGUUUCAAUCUAAUAGCCUGACAAAGCUACUACCACUCUACCCCACGUCUCGACACUUAGAGCAAGUUACGGUUGUGCAUGGGACGGGGUGAUAGGUCAACGCAGGGCUGCGCGGGGGGGAGCCAGGGCCAUGCACUCCCCUGCCCGUUAAGCCAAUUGCAGCUGGCUCCAAGCUGCAGCCACCAAUGACAUGCAGCUGUUCCAGACCAGCCCCGCAGAGGGGCAGGGAGGGGAUCAUUUUGAGGCUAUAGAAAAGCUUCUACCAUGGUUUGAAUGUCCUCCAUGUGCAUGCUCAUUCCCAAGGGGAGCCAUUGAAGGAGGACGUUCCCUGCCCCGCUCACCUGCAGUCCCACUAGGCACCAAUGGGGGGUGCUGCAGGGUCAAGUCAGAUGAUGCGAUCGGUGGCGUGCCAAGCUCUGCGGCCUCUUCCAAGUCCUUCGUACGUAACGCUAGCGACGCCGCUGAGCCUGGCCGGCCUGGAGCGUGCGCCCCAGGCCCCGUAGAGCUCCUUGUCACGCUGUAUGUGCAGGGGCGGGAAUAAAACCUGGAAUG